AUGAUAAAAGCUAUAUUGAUUUUUAACAACCAUGGGAAGCCGCGGCUGAUUCGAUUCUAUCAAUAUUUUUCAGAGGACAUGCAGCAGCAGAUAAUUCGAGAGACUUUCCACUUGGUAUCAAAGAGAGACGACAAUGUUUGUAACUUCUUGGAGGGUGGAAGUCUUAUUGGAGGCUCAGAUUACAAGUUGAUUUACCGGCACUAUGCUACCCUCUACUUUGUCUUCUGUGUGGAUUCAUCUGAGAGUGAGCUUGGCAUUUUGGACUUGAUCCAGGUGUUUGUGGAAACGUUGGAUAAAUGCUUUGAAAAUGUUUGUGAAUUGGACCUAAUAUUCCACAUGGAUAAGGUUCAUUAUAUCCUGCAGGAGGUGGUGAUGGGAGGCAUGGUGCUAGAGACCAACAUGAAUGAGAUCGUAGCACAAGUAGAGGUGCAGAACCGCAUGGAAAAGUCAGAGGGAGGUCUGUCCGCAGCUCCAGCUCGUGCCGUCUCCGCCGUGAAGAACAUGAACCUGCCGGAGAUCCCCCGGAACAUCAACAUCGGAGACAUCAACAUCAAAGUGCCGAGCCUCUCCCCUUUCUGAAGAGCAAUCCAGCCAAACUUUGCAGGGCCAGAGAACGGGACUACUGAUGCAGCCCGACAGCAACACCCAGCUCUGCAACUAAUGUAGACAACACUGGUUUUUAUUCGGAUAAUGAAGAACCACAGCAGCUUGCUUUUUCUGUUCAUCCCAGUUUUGCUAUGUGUAUAUAAGAGGAAUUCUGAACUCAGUUUAAUCCUGCAUUUGCAGAUUAACUCAAUUAAAAAAAAAAUUGCACAACACUUGAGAAGUUCUACAAAGCAUCUGUAUCUUUGAGUCUUAAUUUCUGCAGUGAGCUACUUAAUCUUUUCAAAUUAAAUACAGCUUCUCUUUGCUCAAUGGGACUUUUCAGCACCUCCAAGCUUCAGCUGUUUAUUAGCAGGAAUUUGAACCAAGCUAAAGAAAAAUCAUUACUCUUUUUUCCUGAGUUUUACUGGACCUCAUCCAGUCCAUGUGAAAAAUUAUACUUUGACUUCUGUGCUUGUCUAUAAUAAUU